ACAACUUGGCAUUCCUGAAGGGUCCAACUUUGGAUGUUUACAAACGAUUGUACCAAAAGCAAUCGAAGACCAAGAAAACUCGGAACAAACGAUGGCUCGCCGGCUGGCCAAUCUAAAUCCUUACGAGCUGCACAAGUACCUCAUCAACGAGUACGUACUCACUAACCCCGGGGCUACAAAGCUACUGCAGCGGGAUACCUCGCGAGACAAAACAGACCACGAUGUUAUUCGGGAGAACCAUCGCUUCCUCUGGGAGGGCGAAUCGGUGGACUCGUGGGAGAAGCAGCUGGCCAAAAAGUAUUACGAUAAACUGUUCAAGGAGUAUUGUAUUGCCGACCUGAGUCGGUACAAGGAGAAUAAGGUUGCAAUGCGCUGGCGGAUCGAAAAAGAAGUGGUUGUAGGUAAGGGUCAAUUCAUCUGUGGUGGUCGGAUAUGCGAGGAGCGAGACGCAUUGCGGAGUUGGGAGGUCAAUUUCGCCUACUCAGAGCACGGAACCAAAAAGAAUGCCCUCGUCAAGUUGCGAUUAUGCCCCAAAUGUUCUGAUAAGCUUAACUACCACUCCAAAAAGCGGGAAGUGAAGAGGAUGAAGCGUCGUGAGCGAAAUAGGAAGGUUGUCAAACCAAUAACGGAAGGAACAUGUUCUCCGAGAGAGGAAAGGGUCAAAAGCAUUGGCAAUGAACAAGUUGAUCAUAAUGCAGAUAGUCAAGAGUGUAUCUCGGAAUCGGGACCAUCAGAUCAAUCGCGUGAAAACUACAUUCCCCCUGAAUCUGCGGCAAUGGAAGAAUGUUGGACAAAAGGACCUGAUGUCGAAGAGAAAUCCAGAGAGCAAGAAUUCGACGAUUAUUUGGAAGAUUUGUUGCUGUGAAAGUAAGUGCUAAAAUAAUAAAAAUAUCCGUGUAGUGU